AUGGGGCUGAAUGGUGCUUCCAAAGGCAAGGGCGGCAGAAAAGGAAAGAGCUCUGAUGAUGCGGUGAGCCCUGCUUUGCUCAACAGCUUCAUCAAGAACUCCUGGACGAUAGAAGCCCUCUUCCAAAACUGUUCGCGGCAUCAGAGGAAGUUUAAUCAUAUUCAUGUCUCUGCCUGCUGGAAUAAGCUGGGACAUCUCUCCAAGGACUCGGAGCAGUGGUAUAAUCAGCCCAGCAACCAAUCAGCGCUGGAUUCCCUGGUCCAGCAAACCCUUCUAGUUGUGCAGGGUACUGACAUUCAGGCUCGGCAGCUGGCGAAUAUCGUUCAUGGCAUCGUGAAGAGUGGUGCCUUGAAGGUUGGCACAGAAUCGCUCGGCGACUUGAUGAAGGCUUUGGCCGGAGCAUUUCGGGAGCACAUGGGCAGCUGCAAUGCUCAAGAGCUGGCCAAUGCAGCCUGGGCCUUCGCCAAAGCUGGCCAUGUGGACACUGAGCUUUUUUCCGCCCUCGCCGCGGCGGCCCAAGAGACAUGGUAUCUUGAGAACUUCAAUGCGCAGGAAGCUGCCAACACCACCUGGGCCUUUGCCACCGCAAACCAUUCCGACCCCAAGCUCUUCAAGGCCUUGGGCGAGGUGGUCGAGAUGCGUCUGAGCAGCUUCACCCCUCAAGGACUGGCGAACACCGUCUGGGCCUUUGCCAAAGCAAACUUCUUGGAUGCGAGGCUGCUCCGCAAAAUGGGAGAUAUGGCCCAGCAGUCCAUGGAGCUAUUCAAUGAGAUGGAUUUGGCCAACACCACCUGGGCUUUUGCAAGGCUGGGGCAAUUUGACCCGGAUCUUUUCGCAGCUUUGGCUAAAUCGGCAGAGUGGCACCUGGAGCAGCAGAGCUUCAACGCACAGGGCCUUGCAAGCACGAUUUGGGCAUUUGCGAAGGCAGGCUACCGGGAAGCCGCACUAUUCGAGGCCUUCACGAAAGCCGUCUGCCAGCGUUUGGCGACAAAGCACGGCCCGGACUUCAACUCCCAGGACCUGGCCAACAUUGCCUGGGCGUUUGCAAAGGCUUGUCAACUGGAUGAGAAGCUCUUCAAAGCUCUGUCCCGGGCAGCUGUGGGGUGUCUGGACGACUUCAAUGCACAGGACCUGGGCAACAUAGCCUGGGCGUUUGCUAAGGCUGGCUAUUUCGACAAAGAGUUGUUCAACUCCGUUGCAAGCUCCUUCUGCAAUGGCAAGCAAAACUUGGAUGAUCUCACUGCACCCCAUGUGGCCAACAUUGCCUGGGCCUUUGCCAAGGCUGAUGUAAAGUUGGAUGUGCCCCUGUUCAGUGCACUGGCCCGAUCUGCAUCGCAGCGUGUUGGAGACUUUACAACGCAGGAGACUUCCAUUUUGGCUUGGGUCUUUGCCAGUGCAAACCAGCUUGAUCCUGGGCUCUUCGCAUCCUUGGCAAGUUCAGUCCUCAGCUCUUUGGACGACUUUGACGAGGAAGAGCUGGACAACAUGGAGUGGGCCUUCGCUCGCGCCGGCCAGAGGAAGGUCGUGAAGACGCUUCAGAACAGAAAGACGAAGACGACGAGCUCGAGUGGAGUGUUGGCUUCACUUGGAUCUUUCGAGAAGCCAAGCUGUGGCCAAAUUGUAGUCGCAGGUGGUGGUAUCGGCGGCGCCGCAGUGGCAGUAGCACUGCAAAGUAGAGGCUUCGAGGUGGUCGUCUUGGAAGCCGACGAAAGCUUUGAUGCGCGAAAGCAGGGCUACGGCUUGACGAUCCAGGGCUAUGGCUCCACUACCCAGGCCUUGGGCAUAGAUCUGGCUUCUGAUGAUGCACCAUCCACGUCGCACUAUACCUUCUCACACUCCGGGGAAAUCUUGGGUUUCUUCGGAGAGGCUUUUGGCAGCAGCAAAGAUCGGAAGGAGAGUGAAGGCAUCUCUUCCGGUCGAUUCAUUCAUAUUCCGCGGCAGAUGCUUAGGAAGCGAAUCCUGGAUAAAUUGCACCCUGGAACGAUCAGAUGGAACAGUAAGCUGAAGAGCUUCAAGUGCACGCAGAAAAAGAAGAGUCCGAAGAAUGGAGUGCACAUCACACUGACGGAUGGAACGAACAUGGAUGCAGGUUUAUUGGUCGGAUCUGACGGGAUAUUUUCAACGGUUCGACGUCAACUUGCACUUCCGGGUGACCGCCUGAACUACGUUGGUCUUGUCGUCGUGCUUGGAAUAAUCCGGGAGGAGGAAAUGUGUGUUUCUUUGGCCCGCCGCCGCAUUUUUGAGACGGUUGACGGGUGCACAAGGAUCUACGCGAUGCCGUUCACAACCACCUCAACCAUGUGGCAGCUGUCCUUCCCUAUGGCCGAGGAAGCGGCAAAGAAACUUUGCAAAGAUCAGGCGGCCUUGAAAGCAGAGAUCGUGCGGCGAUGCGAGACGUGGCAUAGUCCCAUCCCUGAGAUGCUUGCCAAAACGCCCCUGGACUCCUUCUCCGGGUAUCCGGUCUAUGACCGAGACUUGCUCGAGCCCCACGUUCUCCGCAGCACGGAGGAGGCCCUGCGUCGUGUGACGCUGAUUGGCGACGCAGCCCAUCCCAUGACUCCCUUCAAGGCCCAAGGAGCGAACCAAGCCUUGAUCGAUGCGGUGCUGCUGGCGGAUGUCCUUGUUGAGAGCAUCCAAAAGUCGGGGGAACUGGGCCUCGACGCGGCGCUGCCGCUCUUCGAGAGGAAGAUGUUGAGUCGAUCGGCGCGGAUGGUGGUGGGAUCCCGGGAGAAAGCCCGGGAGAUGCACAGCCGGCUGGCCUUGCAGCCUGCUCGCAAAGUGCAGCGGGAAACCGGCCUGGAUCCGCAGAAGGCCAUCCGCGUCCUUCGUGAGAAGGGUAUCGGAGCUCAGUGUGCAAUGGACCCCCGCGGUUUGGACGCUGUAGUGGCUGAAACCAUUGCAGAGCCUGGCAGUUCUGAGGCCUCAAAAAGGCGUCCGCUGAAGCGUCCGAGGGGCGCAGAAGACGUCGAAGCCCGAAAGCCUCGAAAGAAAUCCCGGGAGGAGGCCCUGGAGAAAGGAGCCAUGUCGGAGCCUGCGCCAAAGCAACCUCUCUGGGGAUACAUCGAGGAUGCCUGGCACAAGUGCGUGCUGUUGGAGAUCAAGAAGUCGGGGCGGCACAAGGCCUCAGGAUCGGUCCAAGCGGCAAUAUAA